AUGGUGAGUCUCAUUAGCAUAUCGUUCGAUUCGAAGGCCGCCAAGAAGAAGUCAAGCAAGAAGGCCAGAUCCGGAUCGGAGGUCGCUCAAUUCGACCAGAAGACCAUCAAUGAAUUCAAAGAAGCCUUCGGUAUUAUGGAUCAAAACAAGGACGGGAUCAUUGAUAAGGGAGAUCUCAAGGAUCUAUACGCUACAAUGGGUCAAAUCGCCUCUGAUAAACAAAUCGAGGACAUGAUCAAGGAAGCUCCUGGACCAAUUAACUUCACCGUCUUCUUGACGCUGUUCGGAGAACGAUUGACAGGAACUGACCCUGAGGCUACGAUUAUUGGUGCGUUUGCAAUGUUCGACAAGAAGGAGACCGGAAAGCUAAAGGAGGAGGAUUUGUUAAAGAUACUUCAAAAUAAGAGAGGAGAACCUCUCGAUGAGGAUGAAAUCAAGGCCAUGUACAAGGGAAAACCUCCAAUCGAAAACGGUGAAGUUGACUACAAGGCCUUCGCUCAUCUCAUCACAACCGGUGCUCAAGACGAACUCGCCGCUGCAUGA